AUGGCUAUGAACGAAAAAACAGAAAUUCAGACGCAGGAUGCGCCUCCAGUAGUUGUAAGCAAAGAAGACAAGAUUGGAAACGUUGAGAUUGAAGAGCAAGUUCACCAUGAGCAUGUUGAGGAAAUAUCGCCUGAGCUUGAGGCACUGCUUCAUACCGAUCCCGGCCAGGGCUUAAGUGACGAUGAGGUUGCUCGACGGCGUGAAACUUUUGGCCGCAAUGAGUUAAUUGAGAAGAAGCGCCAUCCUUUACUCAAGUUCCUCAGUUAUUUCACAGGCGCCAUUGCUUAUUUGAUUGAGAUUGCUUGUAUUUGUGCAGCAGUUGUUGGUGAUUGGCCUGAUUUUGGCAUUAUUCUGGCCUUGCUGUUCAUCAAUGCCACUAUUGGUUUUGUUGAGGAAGCCAAAGCAGAAUCGGCUCUGGACGCUCUCAAACAAACACUAGCAUUGAAAACUCGUUGUUGGCGUAACGGUCAUCUAGUUGAACUUGAUACUUCUGAACUUGUGCCUGGCGAUGUGAUUAUUUUGCGUCUUGGCGAUAUCAUUCCUGCUGAUGGCCGCCUUCUUGGAAUUGGCGCCACUGGCGAGAGCACUGAGGGCGAUCUGAUGGUUGACCAGUCUGCUUUGACCGGAGAAUCAUUGCCUUUGGCAAAGAAUAAGGGCGCUACCGUGUAUUCUUCAUCAAUCGUCAAGCAGGGUCAGCAAAUGGCGGUUGUGACAAAGACCGGUGGAGAUACUUUCAUUGGACGUGCAGCGGGCCUUAUGGCCGUAGCCACUGAAGAAGGCCAUUUCCAAAAGAUUAUCAACCGUAUCGGCAACUUUUUGAUCUUGAUCACAGUUGUCCUUGUCCUAAUUAUUCUCAUUUACCUCUUGGUCGAUAAUCGAGGUACUAAGGAGGGUGAAUUCAAACACGUUCUCGAACAAGUCCUGGUCCUCACUAUUGCUGCCAUCCCUGUCGGUCUUCCUACAGUCAUGUCUGUGACCAUGGCAAUGGGUGCCAAGGAGCUCGCGCUUCGCAAAGUCAUUGUCAAGCGUCUGACAGCUGUGGAGGAAAUGGCAUCGGUUUCUGUUCUAUGUUCUGACAAGACUGGGACAUUGACACUGAACGAGCUGACUUUUGACGAACCUUACUUGACCAACAACUACACAUCAGAAGAUAUCCUACUAUACUCUUACCUUGCGGCCGAGCCUGGUGCUAACGACCCCAUUGAAGCUGCUGUCCGUACCGCUGCAGAGGAUCAGCUUGAUAUUCUCAAAGAUCGUACACAUAAGCAUGAUGUCCCUGGAUACAAAGUGACGUCUUUCCUACCCUUCAAUCCAGCGACGAAAAUGACACAGGCGACUGUCUUGAAUUUGGACACUCAAGAAUCUUUUAAGGUCGCCAAGGGCGCUCCUCAAGUUAUUAUUCGCCUUGUUGGUGGUGACGAUGAUGCUGUCCGUGCUGUUAAUGCGCUUGCAAAGCGCGGUCUCCGUGCUCUGGGUGUUGCGCGCACCAAACGAAGCAGUUUAGAGGAGUAUGAACUUGUUGGAAUGAUUUCGUUGAUUGAUCCCCCUCGCCCGGAUUCUGGCGAGACUAUUCGCCGCUGUAACGAUAUGGGUGUAGAUGUUAAAAUGAUUACCGGAGACCAGCAGAUUAUUGCCAAGGAGGUCGCGCAUCGUCUGGGUCUGGGACGUGUUAUAUUGGAUGCUGGUCACUUGGUGAAUGAGGAUAAAUCUGAAGAUGAGAUCACAGAACAUUGUAUUCGUGCUGACGGAUUCGCGCAGGUCAUCCCUGAGCACAAAUAUCGCGUUGUUGAAUUGCUUCAGAAUCGAGGUAUCCUCGUUGGGAUGACAGGUGAUGGUGUGAACGAUGCCCCAGCUCUCAAAAAAGCUAACGUUGGUAUUGCUGUCCACGGAUGCACAGAUGCUGCUCGUUCUGCUGCUGACAUAGUCUUGCUCGCUCCUGGAUUGUCUACUAUCGUUGACGGGCUAUUGACCUCUCGAGCUAUUUUCCAGCGUAUGCGAUCGUAUGCUCUCUAUCGUAUCACCUCCACAGUCCACUUCCUUAUAUUUUUCUUCUGUAUCACCAUGGCUCUCCAGUGGAGGAUGAGGCCAAUAUUACUUAUUCUAAUCUGCAUUUUGAACGAUGCUGCCACGUUGGUAAUCUCGGUUGAUAAUGCAAAGAUCUCUGCUCAUCCUGACAAAUGGAGGAUAGGCCAGCUCAUUUUCCUGUCUAUUGUGCUUGGUGCACUCUUGACUGCCCUCUCGUUUGCUCACUUCUUUAUCGCACGUGAUGUCUUUGAUGUUUCUGAGCAUCAGCUAGAGGCCAUUAUGUAUUUACAUAUCUCCUCUGCGCCUCACUUCGUCAUCUUUUCGACACGUCUCUCUGGAUACUUUUGGGAGAAUAUCCCCUCACCAAUCUUCUUUAUUGCUGUCAUGGGCACCCAGGUUUUCGCAAUGCUGAUUUGUGUAUAUGGCGUGAUCGUUGGUGAGGCUAUUGGUUGGCUUUGGGGUAUCGCUGUCAUUGGAAUUUCUCUUGUCUAUUUUGUCAUUCUCGACUUUGUCAAGGUCUUCAUUUUCAAGCGAUGGAACUUUGAGUUCACAGCUCAUGCAUGGCCUACAAAGGCUCGUAGAGAGAAGCUCGCUGCACGAAAGGCUCGUGCAAUCCAACAAGACCAUGUUUGGUCUUCUAUUGAUCAAGUUCGUCACCUUGGCCUCAAGAUCAAAGCUAUCGAGGCUCUUAAGGCUUAA